AUGGACUUCUCAUACUUCACCUCUGCGCCUCAGCCAUAUCAAUUCUUCGGUGGGAUGCAACAUACGCCCUCUGCAUCUCAAACACCUCAAAUGGAAGAUUUCAGGACGGCUCCAUCGACUGAUCAAUACGAUGCUGCGUUUGCCGCAUUCCAGCAAAGUUUCCACUAUGAUCCUUCUACCUUUCUUGCCCAGCCGCAUCCUGUCCCCGAUCAAUCUCCACCAAAUAAUGUUCGACACGAUUCCAUGAUUUCAAUGCCCGACGUGGACAUGAAUAAUGUUUCCCUUCCAACAAACGAAGGAUCCUUGGACGAUGCGGCGCGGAGUAGCAGUGAGGAGAAGGAGAUCCUGACACCCCAACAGAGCAGGAGAAAGGCACAGAAUAGAGCUGCGCAACGGGCAUUCCGUGAGAGAAAAGAAAAGCACGUCAAAGAUUUGGAGGCCAAGCUCAACAGCCUACAGCACCAGUCCGUCACACUCAAUGGAGAGAACGAGCGUCUACGAAGAGAGCUGGCCAAGAUUGCUACCGAGAACGAAAUCCUUCGCGCCACAUCCGGCUCUGCUUCCAAUGGUCCGACACCUUUUUUAGAGGAACCUGAUGAAUUAGUGGGACCUCUGGGGUGGGUACCAACAGACCUCCCGUCCAAGGGUCGCUCUCCAGCCAGCAGUGUAACUUCGGGGAUGGAUGCGAAUUCCAAGUAUGCCCACUUUGGCACACUGAAAACCCUGACAGUGGAUGACGAAACUGGUGAGCCUAUGAUGGGGUCAGGUGCUACGUGGGACUAUAUCCAAGCACAUGAACUAUUCCGUAAGGGCUUGGUAGAUGUCGGUGAUGUUUGUGAGCGGCUCAAGAAGAUGGCACGAUGUGACGGUCAGGGACCAAUAUUUCUGGAAAGUGACAUUCGUCAAGCGAUAGCCGACAGUGCUGUUGCUGGAGGUCGGGACGAACUGAUCUGA